AUGCAAAGGGUUAUAGACUAGUUAAGUGAAACUAAGGAUCCCAAGUUAUUUAAUAGAAAAAUAAAUAAGCUACUUGAUUUAUUUGAUAAAUGGGAAUAAAAUCUUAUUGAGAGAGAGCAAUGUCUUCUUAAAAAUUCUAAAAAAUUAAAAAAUAUACAGUCUAAUAGUUCUCAAAAUAACGAAGAUACUCAAAUAAGGCUUUCAUAAAUUAAAAUUUAGAUUUAAGAAAGAGAAAGGUAAAUAGAGGCGAGAGAAAAGAUUCUUUUUGCUGAAAAAUAGGAGGUAGACCUAAAUCUGAAAGCUUUAAAAUAAAAAGAAUUCAAGCUUCAGUAAGAAAAACAAUAGAUUGAUUAAAAGUAAAAUAUGUAAAUUUAGAGGUAAGAGCACCUUGAGUAUGAUAAAAACUUAUAAAUUUAGGCAAUAUGUUCAAGGAUAAAUGAAAAAGAAAAUAUAUUGCAAGAGAAGAAGUAUUAUCAGGUGCAAAUGCAAGAAAACUGCAGCAAAUAAUAAUAAUUGUUAGAUCAAAGCAAAUAAACAGUGAUGAAGGAAUGGGAUUAAAUAAUAGAAAAGGCUCAAUAGAUAAAAAGAGUUGAAUAAGAUAAUAAACAAAUUCUCCUAUAAUUGAGAGAUAUUCAUCAAAAUAUUGAGAAACAUAGUAAUAUAUUAGACAAAAAGUUUGAAUCUCUUCAUUAAAUACAUGACUAUUAAGCUUACAAGUAAUAAAUAGAUGAUAAAGAACAUCAAUUAAAACUUAAAGAAGAAAGUGUACGUUAACUGCAAAAGGAAGUUACUCUAUUACGGAAAAUAAUUUAAAAGAAAUAAUGUCCAUCAAUUGAUAAGCAAAUUAGUAAUUAGCUGAAUAAUAAACUAUAAAAAAAUUCUAGCAGUCACUCUCCAAAUAAUCAGACUCAAGCUAUCAAUAAUAAUAAAAUUCUCAAAACUCUUUCCUAAAACGAAUUUAAUUAGAGUAUAAUAAACUCUUCCUCAUCAAAUAGUGGUGGAAAAAAUUAAAAUGUCAAUUCAAAAGAUUGUAAUCUACCAAAGCCAAGAUUAACUACUUCUUCCUCUGCUUCUUCUAUACACUCUACUAAUGUCAAAAAGGCUGGUAAUACAAGUAAAAUAAAAUAAAAAUUUUCAAUAAAAAACAUCAAUACAGAUGACAGCUAAAUAUUUAGUCCUAUUUCAAAAUAAAAUCCUCUUCUGAGUUGCUUUAGCAAAAUAAGUCCUUUAAACUAGCAUUUAGAAGGUACGAAUUAACAUCAAACAUAAUUAACAAUAAAUAGUGGCUAAAAUCUUUGCACUAUUGUUGACACUAAAUCAGAUUAAGCCAGUAAAACUCCCAUAAGUUUUGAUAGCACUAAUUAUGAAUAUAAUAAAAUGCAAGAAAGAAGGAGAUUAUUUGUCGAUUAGUUACAAGAUCCUAACGAUCUGUAAAUAAUUGAAGAAAAGCUUUAUAAUUAAUUGUCUGUCCAAACAGAAUCUCAUUAAAAUUCUGUUGAUUAAUUAACUAAAUAAAAUAAGAAGCAUGAUAGUAAAAGUAACUAACAACAGGCACAAAAUCCCAGCUUUUUCAGACAUAGCAAUAGUAAAAAUAAAAAUAGAUAGUUUUAAGAUAAUUAGUAUCAAUCAGUUGUAAAAAAUGAAAAUGAUAAAGACUACUAUCAAAAUCUUUUGAUAAAAAAAUAAAAAUUGUUAUAAAAUUAUGAAGAAACUAAUUUGAACUCUGAUGAGUCUAAAGAAAAUUCUGUUAGCUUUACACAUGCUUUGGUUGCAUCUCCUUCAAAGGUAAGAAUGUCUUAUCCAUAUCAAAAUAAAUGCGAUUAAUGA